GCAUUUUUCCUGUCUUUUGUCGGCGUUUGGGCUGUUGCCUAACAGCUCAAACAGCUCUCGGAUUUUCGAGCUUCCAUCUGGUGCGGAAAGCCGGCCAUUUGGGACUUGGCAAGGUGUGCUGACGCAACCGCCAAUCGAACGGUUUGCACCCCGCCCCAAAACCCCAUCCCACGAGUAAGCCUAAAGCGGCGCGCCCCACAUCUCCGGCAUCUCGCUUCCAAGCCAGGGAGCCCCGGCACAACAACCAAGCACGGGCGCCCGCCCAGGCGCUGACGCCAGGUUCGUGCUGCUGGCGCGUUUUCCCCAGGCGCGUCCGCGGUGCUUCCAUGUUCCCUGGCACACCUUGUUCAAACGCUCCGGGCCCCACUUCUGGCGUUCCCGAAAGACACGUCCCGCAGCGCGUAGCUUCCCCUUUGGGCGUGUUUGAAGCUCUCAUCACAACGCCCCUCGAGGCUGGAUUUGACAAUUGACUUUUAUCCCGUCACGAAUAUCACGACAGCAUCUCAUAUCUUUUUUCUUCUUCUUGUCAAUUACCGCGACGGCGGGGAAUGGAAGCCUAUUCCUGCAAGCCAUCAAGAUCCAUGUCGCACCCGCACGAGCCAUCGCUACGUCCCUCGCAUUUCGUCAUCCACUUUUGGCGUCGAUUUCUGUCUUAGCCGAUUGUCUGCUCCACUGGGCAGCCAAACGCGACCCGUACGCGCUUGUCGCGAUCUGGGCCAGGGAUCAUAAUUGCGCCGCACGUCCACCGCCUCCGCCUCAAUUGGCAUUCGGACCCAUUCAUAUUCUCUCUCAGUUCUCCGGACGACGGUCAAGACCAAAUUCUGGGCACCCACAUCCACUCAUUCCAACUAGUGGUGCUGCCUGACUUCCCGACGACCAAACGCAUAACUGAUCCCGGUAACGACGACGACAGCAAGGACCAGGCCAUUGAAAAGCUUGUCGCUGCUGCUGCGAGUCUAUUUUGUCGUUUACGGCCUUCCUCGUCGCCGACGCAGCGACGGAAACGAAGCCACCGACCGAUAUGGCCUCUUCACCGUUCCCGACCGGCCACAGCGGCAAUGGAGGCGGUGGCGGCGGUUGGAUGGGUGGCAGCUCACACCCCCAAUUCCAACCGCAACCGCCUGCCGCCCCCGAGCGCGACGAUUUUGGCAUGCAGACCAGGCCGAUGGGAGUCAAGGUUCUGUACAGCUUCCGCGACAGCCUAGACAACUGCCUGGCACGCUGGCCGCAGGUCAUGCCCAUCCAGACCAUCCCUCUGGACGAAACGAGCUCGAUCGGUGUCGUCGACUUGAGGUUAUGCCUACAGGCCAUUGCGCAGUGCAGCCCUGAAAUCGUUGGCCAGCACGAGAUGGACUACACGGUCUAUGCCUACGACUACUCAGAAACGGACACCCCGCUGGUCGGACAGGGAAUGUUCUCUCGGGGACUCGAGCCAUCACAACCGAACGAGGAGCCCAAGAUGGUCACUGGCCGGGUGACCAAGAAUUUGCUGGCUGUAUUUGGCGGCGGCGCCCGUGAGACACUCGAGGUCAAGCUGAAGUUAGCCUCGGUGCCAAAAAGGCAGCCACAACAGCAGCAGUACCCCCAACAACCGCAGCAGCAGGUUAUGAACAACGCUCCGACCCCGACCGACACAUCUGAAUGGAAUUCCUUCAUCCAGUCGAACCCGAAUCUGGGGCAGCGUACCAACAUGGGCCCGGCACCCCCAACGAAUACUGCGCCAUCUCAACCUUACUACUCACAAGUUCCCCGUUCCCGCCCGGGAUCUGUUCCUCUCGCCCCGGCGCCCCGUCAGGGCCAGGCACAACCUCCGAACCCGAAUCAGCUGGCACCAGGAGCGCCUCAGAUGCCCCAGACCCACCCGCAACAAAUGCACCCUCAGCCGCACUAUCAACAGCAGCUGCAACCUCAGCCCCAGCAGCCGCAGCACGAAUACCAAAAUCAUCAACGUCAGCAGCUUCAGCAGCACCAGUCCCAGGAAAUCCCUAGUGAUGGCUUUGUGCCGAUCUCGGCCAGAACGGGGACUCCAGACAUUGUGGAGCCCAUGGUGGCACCAGUUGCCAAACCAUCCCGGCCUUCUUCCCGAGCCUCGAGGUCAAGGGCACCCACGGGCCGACCACGAGGUCGCCCGCCAAAGAAGAAGCCCGUGGCCGAUGGAAACACGUCUGCUGCUGAGGAUCCAACAGACGUGGACGAUGGGUCCCGUAGAAAAAGAGCCAAGACCACCAAGGCCGACUGGUCUGAGGACAAAGCCCCAAUGGAGUCGACCGCUGACUCGUUGCGGGUUGUUGCUGCCACUUCCGGCUCUUUGAGGGCAAUGCGGCCUGUGGGUGCAGGAAUCGAAGGGGUAUCUGGAAGCCAUCUGCAUGAGGGACCACGCGCGCCCACACCAGUUCCGCAGGGCCCAAACGACAAGAAGCUGCCACGGCAGCGAAAGAAGCCGGCGUCGACACUAUCCAGGCGAGACUCCAUCACUAGUGCUGAUGGUUCCAUAAUAUAUCCCAACCUACCAACCGAGUCCAGUAUGCAGAUGCCAACUCCCCAGGACGCUCGAUCGCCAACCGAGUCCAUCGCCGCAUCAGAACAGGUAUACACGCCGGAUGAGAGCCCGGCUGAUCUAGGUUCCUCCCCGCCGGUUCCCAGGUCGGUAGCAUACCCGUGCUCCAGUCCGAUGGUUUCGAGCCCUGUCCUGCCACGGCUACCGCGUCCUCAGCAGGAUUCGGGGUUCAUGAGUGGCGGUAUUGAGGGGCCCUUCGACAACGAGGAUCUCCUGUCACUACCGCCCCAAGCGCCUCAGUCUAAGCAGGAUGAUAUAUCAUCUCGGCUGGCUCCUCUUGCGAAGCCAGUACCCAAGAAAGGCGGCAACAGUCGACCGCAGUACCAUGGAUUCCCAUUUCAAGAAGUGACACCUGGCCCUCCAGAGCUUCUUCCAGUCACUAGCCUGUACAACCCGCCCGGUCAGAAGCGGAAGGUAGACGCCAGCGCCCCGAAACCGAAGCGUUUCAAUGCCGAGCCCAGAGCUCAAAAAACGGCUGCAGAGGAACCUCAAGAUCAACAAACCCCGCCCAUGUCACAACUCGUCGAUGAGGUCCGACCAUCCGUGGAGGAGCCCUCGGCCGACUCGGCCAUCACCCGUCUGACACCCGAGGAACCCCUAGAACCGGUCGCCCUUCUCAGGGAAGUCUCUUCCCAGACAAAUGUCCUCGAGGAGACCCCAUCUGUUCCAGAGCCCGAGCUGCCUGCCAUGAAACCUCCCAAGACUGCAUCGCGAUCGGGCUCGUCAGGGUCAAGGUCCACCCCGGCUGCCCAUGAAACAAAAUCGGCACCACCAGCAAGCGAUCCAGCUGGACCCUCUGCGCUAUUGACCCUGCCCCAGGUGUCGUUCUCCGAGGCUCCGUGCCCGCCCAGCGACACGAUACAGGAACAGAGCAUAGCCAACAAGAACUAUGUCAAGAAGCAGACCAUUAAGGAAAGGUUAGAGCAAGCCAUCGAGUCUGGUGAGAUGCCUCCGUUCUGCACCAACUGCGGCGCAAUCGAGACGCCUACGUGGCGCAAAAUGUGGACCCAGGAUCACAAGGGCACUCCCGAGUUUUACGACUACUCUGAGAAGCCUGGGCAGGUGACUGCCAUAGACAUCCUAGAGCGAGAUGGCGAGGGCAAGCCGACGUCGUAUCGGCUGGUGAAGAAGUCUCUUGGACCAGGGGAGGAUAAGCACAAGUGGGUCGAGAUGCUGCUGUGCAACCCCUGCGGCAUCUGGCUUGGCAAGUUCAAGAGCCAUCGACCCCCUGACCGGUGGGAGAAGGACCAGUCCCGGCUGAACCAGCCCCGCCGAAAGCGAGACCCGUCCAAAGGCUCCAGCAACGGCUCGCGAUCCAAGAGACAGCGGACCAAAAACGACCAGCAAACAACUCUCACAUCUGAAGCCUGCUACAAGACCGACCCGAUCGGACCUAGCUAUGACCAGGCCGAUGUUGACGAGGAGAUGGCCGAUGCCUCCCAGACAGCCACCAACGUGGCUAGAAAAUCGGGGGAGCGCGUAACUGAACCUACGGGGUCCCCAAACUCGCGGGGCCCGGGAUCGACACACUCGAGGGGCAGCGGGACGGCUGACAGCCCAAUCCCGGUCGAGGACGAUCUCGGGCAAACGCGAAGGCUGCUCUUCCCCUCGCCGAGGAAAGACAACAUGCCCAAGGUGCUUGGUGAGAUGGCGGUUAACAUCGUCAGGACCGGCCCCGAGUUUACGAGGCUCAAGGGUGGCGAUAAGGAAGUCGGCCUCGAGGACCUUAAGAAGGUUCCUGUAACGCCCAAGCUACGCGAUACCGACAUGGCGGACCUCUUUGGCACCCCGCCGGCCCGACCAUCCACACCAACCCCCAACGACUCGACAUCUGGCAGCGGUCCCUUUAAGACGCCGACGCGCCCCACGCCGAGCCACCGACCGAUUACUAGGAGUAUUUCGAAGUCGAUCCGCUCUUCAGCGAGGGCAAUCCCGCUAUCUCCCAGUCAGGCCCUGGCCGGCCUGCAGCGCACGCCCUGCAAGACGCCCGGUAGGAGCAGCGUCAGGCAGACGCCUAGCCGUCAGAACCUACACGCGCACUUUGCUCCCGACGACAUGAACCUCGGGGCAGGUGGCGUGUGUGAUUCGCCUUUCACGGCAACCAUCAACCAGCUUCUCUCGGAAGCCAACGACUUCACCUCGGGUUCCCCAUCGCAUGGCCUUGCUGAUCUCGAUCAGAUCAAUGCCCACUUCUCGGCCUCGGCGGCGACCAUGGACUUUGGCAGCUACCUUAACACGGACAUGGCCAUGCCCAGCUCCCCUCCACUUCUCAUGCGGGGGGAUGGCGUAUCCUCGUCGCAGGCCGCGGCUUUCGAGGCCUCGUGGGAGCUGUGGUCGCAAGUCGACAACGAUACGGCGCCUACGGAUGGCGAGGGCCACUCUGUGGAGGCCCCUGCUUGAACGCCACACAACUCCUCCAUUCGCACCCUCUAUGUUUUCGUCCGUCUUUAAUAGGACUUGGCCCUGGAACAAUGUUCCUCAGCCCUUUGCUUUUUUUGUCCUUGGCCUUCUUGCUUUCGAAUUGUCUCCCUACUCCUGGGCCCUUCUGCAUGAGCCGGCGUUUUAUGCCUUGGUGUGUUUGUAUUGAAGUCUCAAUUUUUUGUUGGGAAUAUCUAGCUCUCAGGAGCAGAGACUUUGCUUGUUUUGUUUAGGGUUUGCUUAGUACCUUGAUCGGGCGAUAUACCCCCUGGGUUGAGGAAACCGGCCGCUUUUGGCAUGCCUUUUUUUUUGUCUGGACAGAGGAAACAAACCCAUGACGCAACAUGAAAGAUCCCAUUAGGUAGAAUUAGGUAGCUGCUUCUCUUCUCGCAUCGCAAAGAAACGAGUAGAAAAUCAGAUGCAAGAAUAAGUCAACUUUGAUCACCUUGGC